UCCACUCCACCCCAGCACAACCCCGGGCUCACAGUCCAGAUCCGAGCUUCAAACUCCUCCCGCCGCACUCCUCUCAGGGUCCUGCCUCCUAGCUCGCCCCCCUCGGCCUCCCUCUUCCUCGUUGAGCGCCCGGCCUGGCCUAGCGUCCUGACGGGUCACGAGGGCCGCGACCGCUGGCAGCUCGCACUUCUCCUUGCCCUCUUUCCCCGAGGGUGAUCGCGCGGCUGCGCCAAGCAGGAGCCGGCUGGGAUGCUCCUGCCCUUCUGGGCGGCCCCGAGUCCCCCCACCUGCUCGACGGGGGAAGCAGAGUACACACCACGAAGGAGCAGCUGGUACAUCCUGAGUCCUCCAACCUUGACCCAAGCAUGCAAGGCCUCCCUGCUGAGCUCAGCCUGGACGAUUUCAUUCCUGAUCACCUGCGAGCCCAUAUAGGCCCAUCCUCCCGGGGGACGAGGGUGCCUGUGAUUCGGAAUGGUGGCUCCAACACCCUUAAUUUCCAGUUCCAUGACCCUGCGCCCAGGACUGUGUGCAAUGGCUGUUCCCCACCCCGGAGAGAUGGUCCCCAGCAUCCAGACCCAGCAUGGUAUCAGACCUGGCCAGGCCCUGGGAGCCGGCCCUCUGGAAGCCCCAAGCAACCUGCCUCCCAGCAUGCCCAGAACUGGUCAGCCACAUGGACCAAGGACAACAAGCGGCGGGACAAGCGCUGGGUGAAGUACGAGGGAAUCGGGCCCGUGGAUGAGAGCGGCAUGCCCAUUGCCCCCCGAUCUAGUGUUGACAGCCCCAGAGACUGGUAUCGGAGAAUGUUCCAGCAAAUUCACCGGAAAAUGCCAGAUCUACAGUUUGACUGGACCUUGGAAGACCCACCCAAAGUGGUUUCCUCGCGUGCCUCUUCUGCAGACUCCAGGCAUCCAGAACCCCAGCAAAGACCUGCUGCCUCCAGGCCUGGCACAUCAGUGACUUCUAGCGGAAGAAACUGGCACCACUCUGAAGAGCCAUCUAGAAACACCUUUAACUAUAAUUUUGGACCAUCCUCUUCGGGACUCCAACCCCCAAAUCAGGUGCCCAGACGCCGAGAGAAAGUAGAGAGUGUCUGGACAGAAGACUCCUGGAACCAGUUUCUGCAAGAACUAGAAAGUGGGCAUAAGCCCAAGAAACCACUGUUAGAUGACCCCGUUGAGAAACCUGCACAGCCCAUUGAGGUCCUGCUAGAAAGAGAAUUGGCCAAGCUGAGUGCAGAGCUGGACAAGGACCUACGGGCCAUCGAGACCCGCCUACCAUCCCCCAAGAACUCGCAGGCGCCACGACGGUCCUUUGAGCAGCCCGCCCCAGAGCAGCGGCCCUCGGCCCGCACGGCCUCAGCCUGGAGGCCCAGCUCCCCGCAUGCACCUUACUUCGGUUCUUCCCGACCCCUGAGCCCCCACAGAAUGGCAGAUGGAGGAGGAAGCCCCUUCCUGGGACGAAGAGAUUUUGUCUACCCUUCCUCAGCCCGAGAGCCUAGUGCCUCUGAAAGGGGUAGCAGCCCUGCGAGGAAGGAGGAGAAGAAGAGGAAGGCUGCCCGGCUCAAGUUUGACUUCCAGGCCCAGUCCCCCAAGGAGCUGACUCUGCAGAAGGGUGACAUUGUCUAUAUCCACAAAGAAGUGGACAAGAACUGGUUGGAGGGGGAGCACCAUGGCCGGCUAGGCAUCUUCCCAGCCAAUUAUGUGGAGGUGCUGCCUGCAGAUGAGAUCCCCAAGCCCAUCAAGUCACCCACAUACCAGGUGCUGGAGUACGGAGACGCCGUGGCCCUGUACAACUUCAAGGGAGAGCUGGAGGUGGAGCUGUCCUUCCGAAAGGGGGAGCACAUCUGCCUGAUCCGCAAGGUGAAUGAACAUUGGUACGAGGGGCGCAUCACAGGCACGGGGCGCCAAGGCAUCUUCCCGGCCAGCUACGUGCAGAUAAACCGAGAACCCCGACUCCGGCUCUGCGAUGAUAGCCCCCAGCUCCCUACAUCACCUCACCUAACAGCCACUUCUCGCCUAGCCUGUCACCCCAGCUCCCCUUCAAUGCAAGUGGACCCCACAGACUGGGGAGGUCGGACCUCCCCUCGCCGCUCUGGCUUCCCCUUCCCCAUCACCCACCAGGAGCCCAGAUCCCAAACCCAGGGUCUCAGCACUCCUGGACCAACCCUGUCCCAUCCUCGAGGCACCAGCCGUCCCGUAGACCUGGGGGCCUCCUCCCCAAGCACCACAGAAAUACACUGGACUCCGUACCGGGCUAUGUACCAGUACAGGCCCCAGAACGAGGAUGAGCUGGAACUUCGUGAGGGGGACCGUGUGGAUGUCAUGCAGCAAUGUGACGAUGGCUGGUUUGUGGGUGUCUCCCGGAGAACUCAGAAAUUUGGGACAUUCCCUGGAAAUUAUGUAGCCCCGGUGUGAGUGGUCUCUGUGGCAAUUUGGAGCCAACGAGGACGGGGUGGGGGAGCAUUAGCACUAUGGGAGGGAGAGAGGCCCCCCACAUCAUCCUCCCCUCCAGGACCUGUGCUCCCAGCAUCUGCAGCGAGACCCCAGCAAUCUUCCCUCCAAGCCCCCUCGAAGUCCCCUGGACUGAUUCCCACCCGCGCAUCACAGGCAUUCCUUUGACAGCACCCCCCUCACAACCCCUCAAAUACAGACGUCUGCUCUGAUGUGGAGACUGCCUACCGGCCUUAUUGAGACCAGACUCCCAGGCCCCCAACCCCCCAGCGUUUCCCCUAAUGGGGACUGGUUCUUGCUUCACCCCCAUGGGGUUCCUCUAAUAAGGACCAGCCUCCUACCCUGUGGAGACCAAAGGCCUCCCACUUCUUACCAGCUUGCCCGCCACCACUUUACCUUCUGGCUUCCAGCUGGGCCUGGAAGCAAGGUGGGGAAUACCUUGUCAGCUUUCAAGGCCCAGUGAGAGAGAGGCCUUGCCUCAAGACUUUCUCUUCCCAGAGGCAACUGACCCCCCUGGGUAGGGCCUCCACUUAUACUCUGAGCCCCCCAACUAAGACCCACAACUGCCCUGACCUAUCAGAAGAUAGAUUUCCAGGGAGACACGCUUGCUGCCCUAAUUCCCAGCUCCUCCCCAGUAUCUAGGUCCCCUCGGGAAGAGAAUGUAAAAUAAACAUGGAUACCAG